ACCGGCCUUUCUCGCUUGGACCGUGUGCGGCUGCUGGAGCUGACGGUGACCCGGAGCCGCGAGUAUUGAAUAAAAAAUGCUUGCAGAGGCAGGCCCCUCAAAUGCUGGGCACCAUCAAAGUCCUUCAUCUGUGGCAGACCUGCUAGCUAAUGAAGCACCGUCUAGCCCGAAGACUGUUGAAGAAAAUGGAUUUCAUGCUAAUUGUCUGGACACAUCACUGGCUUCUGUCACUUCUGACACUGACUACAGCAAGCCAUCAACAUCUAAUGCUUUCCCUCCUGCCAAUAUGCAUAAUGCUUUCCCUCCUGUUGAUGGGCGGAGAGGGCAAAAGAUGGUCCAGAUUGACCGACAGCAGAUUCAGGCUGUGGAGCAGAGUGCCCAGGCUAUGGAGCUGCAAGGCUUGGGGGUUGAUGUCUAUGACCAAGAUGUGCUGGAGCAAGGAGUUUUACAGCAAGUGGACAGAGCCAUUAGUGAAGCCAGUCAAGCAACCAAAAGGACAGAUGCAGAGAAAGAGUACCAUUCCGUAUUGGAUGACCUCAGGUCCUGUACAACGUCUCUCAAACACAUAAAUCAAAUCAUUGAACAGUUAACCCCUCAAUGUACGACAAGCAAGGAAGUGAGCAGAAAGAUGGAGUCUGUGAAAAGACAGAAGGAAAACAAGGAGAAACAGUUGAAGAAGAUCACUGCCAAACAGAAACGUCUGCAGGCAAUACUCGGUGAUGAUGGCGUCCAGAAGCUUGAGACUGAACUGGAGCCUUAUGAAGAAGAACCAGGCCCUUCGUCUUUAGGGAGCAUGUUGAUGCCGGUGCAGGAAACAGAGUGGGAGACGUUGAUUCGCACAGGUCAGAUGACCCCCUUUGGCACGAAGAUCCCCCAGAAACAAGAGAGGAAGGAACCUCGCAAGAUAAUGCUGAAUGAUACAUCGGACUUCGAGAAGUAUCUAGCUGACCAGGCCAAGAUGACCGAAAACAAAAGAAAAUCAUUUCCUCGUAAAGGGACCAAGAAAAAGAGGGCAGGGGCCAAGAACCAAGGCAAGGCUAUGACUGCUACAGGAAAGGAUCAAAAUCAGACCAGUGCCAGUAAGACAGAGAGCCCUGUGUCGCGAGGGGAGCAGAAACUGAAAAAGUACUUGCGGAAACUGCAGGGCAAAGCUCUCAAGAGUAAGUUUAAAGCUGGGGUUCCCGUGGAGAAGAGUUGGCCCCAAGGUCCAAAGACGUGGCGGGAGGGCGAUGGUUCCGACAGUGGUGAGUCGCUGUACGUGCCUGAGGAGGAGCUUUUCGACCCAGAUGAAAUUGAGUACGAGGAUGACGAGGGAGAUGGAUUCCUGGAUCGUCACCAGCUCAAUCCGUUGCGUAAAAAAAAGGCGCAACUCAAAGCGCAACCCUCCCUCAGUGAGGACAUAGAUUUCUUAUCCAGCUCAGAAGAAGAUGAACCAAAGGGUCGCAAGGUGAACAUAUGCCGGGAUGAUGGAAAUGAGGAUUUUUACAAGAAAAGGCUCAGGAGCUGGAGGAAGAAGCGACUGAAAGCAAAGGAGGAAUGCCGAGCCAGCGAAGAAAAUGGUGGGUCAGAUGAGAGCGACGCAGAGUUUGAUGAGGGGUUCAAGGUCCCCGGUUUUCUUUGGAGAAAGUUGUACAAGUAUCAGCAGACAGGUGUUAGGUGGCUUUGGGAAUUGCACUGCCAGCAGGCGGGGGGGAUUCUAGGAGACGAAAUGGGACUGGGCAAGACCAUCCAGAUAAUUGCCUUCUUGGCAGGCCUGAGCUACAGCAAGAUAAGGACACGAGGCUUAAAUUACAGGUACGAGGGAUUGGGGCCUGUGGUAAUUGUCUGUCCAGCGACCGUGAUGCACCAAUGGGUGAAAGAAUUCCACACCUGGUGGCCACCAUUCAGAGUGGCAAUUCUUCAUGAAUCGGGUUCGUUCACCACCAGGAAGGAAAGGCUUAUUCGAGAAAUCGCGGCAUGUAACGGGAUCCUUGUCACCUCUUACUCGUACAUCCGGAUUAUGCAGGAGUCCAUUGGGCAGUACAAAUGGCAUUACGCAAUUCUAGAUGAGGGGCACAAAAUCCGAAACCCAAAUGCUGGCGUUACUGUUGCAUGUAAACAGUUCCAAACCCCACAUCGUAUUAUCCUGUCGGGCUCGCCAAUGCAGAACAAUCUGAAGGAGCUUUGGUCUUUGUUCGACUUUGUUUUUCCUGGAAAGUUAGGAACGCUACAAGUUUUUAUGGAGCAAUUUUCUGUUCCAAUUACAAUGGGAGGCUAUCAGAAUGCCUCCCCUGUUCAGGUGCAAACAGCUUACAAGUGUGCUUGUGUUUUACGGGACACUAUAAAUCCAUACCUGCUGCGAAGAAUGAAGGCAGAUGUAAAGAUGAAUCUGGCACUGCCAGAUAAAAGUGAACAGGUGCUGUUUUGUCGCUUGACAGAGGAACAGCGUCAAGUGUAUCAAACCUUUAUAGAUUCCAAGGAAGUCUACCAGAUUCUCAAUGGAGAAAUGCAGAUUUUCACUGGUCUGAUCUCCCUGAGGAAGAUCUGCAAUCACCCUGACCUCUUCUCCGGUGGUCCCAAGAUCCUGAAGGGAAUGACGGACGAUCAUCUGACUGAGGAAGAACACUUUGGGCAUUGGACGCGCUCCGGAAAGAUGAUCGUAGUUGAGGCUUUGCUACGCCUGUGGCACAAACAAGGGCAUCGAGUACUGCUUUUCUCACAGUCACGACAGCUGCUGAACAUCAUGGAAAUGUUUGUACGAAAUCUAGGGUAUUCCUAUGUCAAAAUGGAUGGGACGACCGCAGUGGCUUCUAGACAGCCACUUAUUUCUAAAUACAAUGAGAAUGCCUCCAUUUUUCUCUUCCUUCUCACCACCAGAGUUGGUGGGUUGGGCAUUAACUUGACAGGAGCAAACAGGGUCAUUAUCUACGAUCCUGACUGGAACCCAAGCACGGAUACUCAGGCCCGGGAGCGUGCCUGGAGAAUAGGCCAAAAAAAGCAAGUUACUAUUUACCGGUUACUGACAGCUGGAACAAUUGAAGAGAAGAUCUACCACAGGCAAAUCUUCAAGCAGUUUCUGACCAAUCGAGUAUUGAAGGAUCCUAAGCAGAGACGGUUUUUCAAGUCUAAUGAUCUUUGUGAGCUUUUUACACUAAGCAGCCCGGAUGGUUCUCAGGGGACCGAAACCAGUGCCAUUUUUGCAGGCACAGGCUCGGAUGUUCAAGUGCCCACCUCUCAUAAAAGGAAAGUUACUGCCAGCUCUGGUUGUUCCCAAAGGAGAAAAGUGCCUUUGUCAAAUCAAGAGUCCACUAAACAUCUCAAGGUGCUAUCUUCCCAGUGUUCGUCAGGCAAAGUCAAGUCAGGAAAGCUGUCUCUCAGUUCACAAAACAUAACCAAAGAGGAUCAUAAAAGAAAGUCUGAAACAUCUCGGAUACCACCAGAAGUCAAAAUAGCUUGGCUUCUGACUGGAUCGGAGACUGAUACAGAAAAUAAUGGCUUGAAUUUUUCCUCCACUGAGGGACAUUUUGGAGAUUCUACAUGUCAGGAAGCGAACUACGAUUCCAAUCAUGCUGAACACGAGGCCCGAGCAUCGCCCGCGUCCAUGGACCGAGCUGGAAUAUCUGAGCAAGACCUUGGGCUGGGAUGGAACGUAACGGGAGACAAUCGAAGAGACCUUGCUUGGGAUUCAGGAAUACUGCAGAAUUGCGCUGACACUGCCGUGGCUGAAAGUAGAAAUGAGAGAGAUGGUGGUCAACCCCAUCAUAAACACCGUUCCAAAACAAAACAUCAAAUAACUGGUAACAAGCAGGACGCAGCUCUGUCAGCCCGCCACAAUAAGGGUGAGCCAAAGGAGAGGCGCAAAAAGCAUAAGGGCGGCAAAGAUGCCUUCUUCGAAGGUGAACGCAUCCCGUACUUGCUAAAGAAGCAAAAAAUGAAAAAGGAGGACAGUGACGAAGAAAAAGCCAAGAAGGAAGGCAGGAGACAGACUGAUGAUUAUGUGUUGGAAAAGCUUUUCAAGAAGUCUGGAAUCCACAGUGUGAUGAAGCAUGAUGUUAUUAUGGAGUCAUCCAACCCUGAUUAUGUAUUAGUUGAAGCAGAAGCUAAUCGAGUUGCUCAAGAGGCUUUGAAAGCGCUGAAAGCCUCAAGACAGCGUUGCCUGGGUGCCUCUUCUGCCGUGCCAACCAGGACACACAGUAGUCGGCUGACAGCAGCACCAGCUGCUUUAAAAUUGAGAUUUGGUCAGAAGAAAAAUCCACUCGUGGCUGUCAGCAAUCCCUCCUCUAGAUCUACUCCCGAAAAAUGCAAGGACGCUGCCAUUGUGAAAAAAGUUGACGAAAGGAGCAAGGCUGCCAGAUCUCAUUUCAGCGGUGAUCCGACCGAAACGGAAGUGGGCCCUGCAUUGCCAUCAUCCUCCUCGCUGCUAGCCAAGAUGAGAGCUCGAAACUACUUGACCCUUUUCCAAAAGCUUGAGGAUGAAGAGGAGGACUCUGAGCCAACAGCAGGGCCACCUCCCAUCUCGACCGAGCACGAUGAGCUGCUGGUGGAAAUGCGGAACUUCAUAGCAUUCCAGGCUAGUAUCGAUGGACAAGCCACAACUCAGGAGCUGUUACAAGAGUUUCAGGCAAAGUUAUCAACUGCACAGACAGUGAUUUUCCGAGAACUUCUCAUUAACCUGUGCACUUUUCACAGAACCGCAUCUGGAGAAGGGACCUGGAAACUAAAGCCAGCAUUUCGAUGAACCUCCUCGACACAUAGCGUAGAACGUAAUCGAUCAAUUCUCCAAUUCUCUAAAUUAUGCAAUAGUUUUAAUAUAUCUUAAACCGCAACUUAAAUUACCCAGGACAGUGUUUUUUUUAAAAAAAAAGAAGAGAAACUAUCUUGGAAAAAAAACUGCAACUCCCCGUUUAUUCCUGUGGUGAUUAGAAUUAGCCGAAAAGCAAAAGGAUUCUCAGAUGUAUUUGUCCUUUUUCAGACAGUGUGACAGACCAAACGGGAGGUUAUCGUAAGUUAUAAAAUUAUGAUCGUUGUGAUUUAGAGUUGAGAAAAUAUUUUGCCUACCUCAAACAGAACAGAGAAUUACAAAAGUGCAGUGCACCAAGAUUUAAAUCUGUGAUUCAAGGUACAGGGUGUUCACAAAGUCCUGUUACCCCCAUGGUGUUUUCUCGACAGUGCACAGACCAACCACUGAAACUUGUGGAAGAUGGACGAUAAUUGUAUUUAGAAAUACUUAAUUCUAUUCGGAAGUGUUUAACUAUAUCUAGAUGUCCGGAGGAUAGGUGUGAGUGAGCGCCAUCAUUUUCAUGACAGAUAAUGAUCUGUCGCCAUAAUGAUCUGUCGCCAUAAGAUGGACAAGGUGAAAUGCAUCUCUGACAGCUUGUUUUAGCUCCUCCGUAGUCUUGUAUCUCUGUAUUGUAAUAGGGCUAACAGGAUUUUGUGGACACCCUUUGUACUUCAAAACUUUUCCUCCAAGAUUAAUAUUUUUGGUUUAUCUGAAUAUCCUUUUUUUUUAAAACCACAGCACUGAACUUUUGGCCUUUGGGUUCAUUUGCAAACUGACAUAUUUGACAGAGUUAAAAUAGGCUCAAUUAUCCAUCAACUUCGAUAAACCAAAAGUUAUAUAAAUUUAAAAUAAUAUCAGCAUUGAAUCAGAUUUUUUUUGGGUGGGAAGGAGAAAGACAAAUUAGUUCAGAAAAUUCAUUUAAAUUACAGAUUUUAAUGUGGGGGCACUGCACCUUUUAAAUAAAGUUAAUUUAUUGUUCGAAUGAUGUAUGCUUCAUCUGGUUCCUGUAAGGAAACUAACAUGCAAACUCUGGUUUCCAAUUGAAUGAAAACUGGAAUUAAGCGUUAAGACUCCAGUUAAAUACUUGAGACAGCUAGCUCAAAAGGACACGUCUUCCAAUUCUACAGGACAGGAUGAAAAGGGAGACAUUCCAAAUUUCAAAUGGCAAAUCAGGUGCGGUUCUGUGGUCAGGUUAACUGACUGAAGCCAGUGACUUUUGGAAAAUUGUAAUUGUGCCACAAGUGAUUUUACCGACACUAGUGGUGUAAUUUUUCUUUUUUUUUCUAGCAAUACGUUGGAUCAAAACAAAAUUCACGUUCCAAUUUUUGCACUUUCCUGCUCUUUAUCAAUUGAGUUGUGAGCUGUGCAGUUCCUGGUGCAGAGUGGUGAACAAGUCCUCACUUCAGUGCACUGAUCCAAUUCUAGUUUAAAGCAUUUGUUCAAAGUUUGCUUAGUCUUUAUAACAACGUCUCAGGGAACUCAGGCGAUUGACUCGGGACCAGAAGAUCUUAGUGUGAAUCCUAGUAGGUCCCAUUUGUUCCUUCACCCGGUCAAAAAUAUUCACCUGUGGAGAAGUGUACGAGGUAAACACAAUCUCCUUGGGGCUCAACUAACAAAGGCAGGGAGAUGUACCCAAUAGUGAAAGGCAUGGUUGACCAGCUUAUCUUGCUGAUCACUGUAUCUUUGGGGCAUAAUCUCACUCCCAGUGAUUCACAUUGGUAAGCUUUGUGUCAUGGAGCGAAAUCCUUAGCUAUGCCUUGGGGCUGCAGUGUGCUGCGUUUAGCACGGUCUUGGCAUUUACUGCCUCAACACUGAGGAGAUUUUCAAGGCGAUGGCUGCCCGACUGGAAAGAAUUAUGAGGCAGCUCAUGUGCUGUAAACCUUGUGAAUUAAACUCUUAUCAGCAUUGUGAAACUCCUCAUUAUAAAACUCUGCAUCUUUCUGUUGGGUAUUGGGAAUAUGGAACUUAUACUCCAUUGCAUAUCUAGUUUUUAACCUAAACUUACAAACCAUUAUUCACUCCAAUUUAUUUGUUAGGCCAAAUAACAGUUGGAGAUAGAAUUUAGUUCGAACAUUAGUGUUAGAAUGUAGCUGAAAGGUUGACACUCCAGACCCAUCGCACCAAAACAUGGGUACUGUCAAAAGUACUGCUUGCUUUAUCAUUGUACAAUCGGUACUGUAUGAUUCAAAUACAAAUGGGCUAAUAUUUCAGAAAAGUUCCUUCAAAACAAGUCACUCAUCUCAUUGUGAUGUUGGCCUUGUACAAUUCCAUGCCCGAUUAUAAAUUGUACUGGGAUCUACACAAUGUAAUAACAAAUUUGAUGUAGCAUUGUUUACUUUGAAGAAUGUCUCAAAGCGGUUCAUAGAGGAUUUAUUGUAAAAUGUAGUGACUAUAUAUUUUGGAAGCAAAUGUGGGAUCCAAAUUUCACAUAGCAGUGUCCCAUAAACAACCAUGAAGUGAAUGACCCAUUUUAUCCAGGAGGGAUUGUUGGCUAGGGCACUGGGAGGAACUCUGUUCUCCUUUCAAUUAGUGCCGCUAGAUCAUUAAUGUCUACCUAAACAGGGAGACAGAACCUCAGUCUCAUGCAAAGGACCUCCAAACUCUGAGAGCACUCUAUUGGAUUGUCAGCCUGGACUAUGAAGUCAGAUCACCAUAUGGGGCUUUAACCCACAACCUUCUGACUCAGAGGUGUGAGAGAGAGUGACUGAGCCAGACUGACCUUGUAAUGUAUUAACUCAUUCCUUUCUCCAACAAAACCCUUCACUUCCUCUCAGCAAUCCUCUCGUUUUAUUCAAACUGGUUGCAGGGAUUCUUCCCACUUGGCUCCUGUUAACCCUGCAAACCACAACUGCGUAGGCCUUUUGCUUUUAAAUACAGAUAAGGAAUCAAUUUUGUAGGGGACGCACAGUUAUUGGUGGGAAGUGUGAGCACUUUUUUUUGCAAUGCUUGUGAAUCUCAUGACCAAACUCUCACUGUUCAGUAAUAAAACAUGAUAAAAUGUUGACAAAA